AAGAGACGAUAUGACAGGAAGGAGAAACUGCUGAUCGGAGCGCCGGCUGCAAGUCACACGGGAGGGGGUAGCGGGAGAUCCGACGGGCCGCGAGAGGGGACAUCCUAGUGCAUUUCCGUUGACCUUUCCGUCCUGCUGUUUUUUUUCGGUCGGGCGCUGCGGAGAGUGGGGGUGACGCAUUUGUGGGGUUCGGAUGUGGCAGUGACGGUGGGGGAGAACUCUGUGGGAUUCCUUGGUGCUUCCCCGCUGCGCCUUCUUUUUUCCCUUCUCUCCUCUCCCCUCGGAGCCUGCGGAGUGAAACUUUAUCUCUAUUGCUGGGGGGAGGCUCCGUGUAUCGUACAGUCUUGUGUCCCAGAGCUUUCCUCUCCCUCCCCCACCUGUCUGCCCUCCCCCAGUCUGUGUGUCCUGCCCUCAGCCCGGUGCUACAGGGACCCGCAUGUCACAGCUGCUCUCCGAGGCCCGUCUGACUUCUACCCGACCCCCCUAUUGGAUUUAACUGGGACCUUCUCACACACAAUAUCUCCUGGCCUUGCCCCAUCUACUCCUGCCGACAUGUCCAGCUCCGUCCCAGCGGAUAUGAUUAAUUUGCGCCUAAUCUUAGUAAGCGGGAAGACAAAAGAGUUCCUGUACUCACCGAAUGAUUCGGCAGCAGAUAUUGCUAAGCACGUAUAUGAUAACUGGCCCAUGGAUUGGGAGGAGGAACAAGUGAGCAGUCCAAAUAUACUUCGGCUUAUAUACCAAGGACGGUUUCUUCACGGCAAUGUGACUUUAGGAGCCUUAAAACUUCCCCUUGGCAAGACAACAGUGAUGCACUUGGUCGCUAGAGAGACAUUGCCAGAGCCAAACUCUCAAGGUCAGAGAAACCGCGAGAAGACCGGGGAGAGCAAUUGCUGUGUAAUCCUGUAAAUCCCGAUGUGGCUGCAAAGUGUGAUGUAAUAUAGUCUUUGUCUUUCAUGCUGCUGGAAUAGAGGAGACCAUUGCUUCACAGAUCCUUAGAACAACACCACCAACCCGUCCUUCUCUCCACGGACCUUAGACAAGUCCAGAACAACCUUCAUAAAACUCUUUUUCUCGAGAGAUCCACAACGUUCAUUCUGACUCUUUAUUUUCUUGCAGAGUAACUUUGUAGUAUGUUGUAGUAUUUCUCAUUUCUGAAUGCAUUCAGUCUCCUGGGCGGGUAGGGUCACUAAUACCGAUAUCAUUCUUGCUGCAUCAGGAAAAAAAAAACAGAAGUCUUCAGUGGAUUUAGGCUCAGGUUGCAGCUAAUAUACUGAGAAAUAAUUGUAGCCAUACACAGUCAGAGUUCUACACUGGAUAGCCUAGCGAGCACAGACUGAAAAGCAAAGUAUUGGGAACAUGACUUCUACCCAAACACUAAACACACAGAGUAGGAAGAGAUGGCUGGUCCUAAGUUUAUUUCUAAGGAAGAAAAACAAAAUGUGCCUGUAAACUGAAAGCGCUCUGCAGAGGGCUCAGGAGUAGUUGACAGUUUGCUGCACUCUUAUCCCGAGCGACAGUUGCAUGCAGGUCAUACCGAGCAAGCCAGCGAGGAGAGUGCCUUUCCUAGCCUUAACGUGGGAUGGGUCAGUUUUCCUGUAUUGCAUACGCCUUUAUUAUUCUUGCGCAGAGAUGUCCUAAACUAACCCACUUUGUGUUUUAAUAUCCAACGUCGAUGUUCUUUCAGUAACGAAUUCCUCCCGCGCAGCAUCCGGCUCCUCGCUUCCUUCAUUUGAGCAGUAAGUGAAUUAACGGCAGAUCCUCGGCCAUAGUACCAGUUCCGUUUCCUUCUGUAAUCUGCAUUCGUACUAGUGCUUGCAACAAUAUUAACUCUCCAAGCAGACGGAAGACGCCAUUUUUCUCAUUUCAUAAAAAAAAAAAA